AUGGAGACUGAGAACAGCACAAUGGUGACAGAGUUCAUCCUCCUUGGUCUGACCCAAUCUCACAAUGCUCAACUCCUGGUCUUUGUGUUAGUCUUGAUUUUCUACUCCAUCAUCCUCCCUGGAAAUUUCCUCAUCAUCCUCACCAUUAGAUCAGACCCCGGGCUCUCAGCCCCCCUCUACUUCUUCCUGGGCAACCUGGCCUUCAUGGAUGCCUCCUACUCCUUCAUCGUGGCCCCCAGGAUGCUGGUGGACUUCUUCUCUGAGAAGAAGCUCAUCUCCUACAGAUGUUGUAUCACCCAGCUCUUCUUCUUACACUUUCUUGGAGCAGGAGAGAUGUUUCUUCUUGUUGUGAUGGCCUUUGACCGCUACAUUGCUAUAUGCCGACCUUUACACUAUGCAACUCUCAUGAAGCCUAAAGUUUGCUAUGCAUUAUUAUUGGCCCUGUGGAUUGGGGGCUUUGCACAUUCCAUUGUACAAGUGGCUCUUAUCCUUCAUUUGCCCUUCUGUGGCCCAAACCAGCUGGAUAACUUCUUCUGUGAUGUACCUCAGGUCAUCAAGCUGGCUUGCACGGAUACUUUUAUAGUGGAGUUACUGAUGGUAUCCAACAGUGGCAUGCUCAGCCUCCUAUGCUUUUUGGGGCUUCUGGCUUCCUAUGCAGUUAUCCUAUGCCAUGUGAGGAACCAUUCUUCUGAAGGAAAAAACAAGGCUAUCUCCACCUGUACCACACAUAUCAUCAUUGUGUUUCUCAUGUUUGGACCUGCCAUUUUUAUCUACACUCGCCCCUUCCAGGCUUUCCCAGCUGACAAAGUGGUGUCUCUCUUCCACACAGUCAUCUUUCCUUUGAUGAACCCUUUAAUUUAUACACUUCGUAAUCAUGAAGUGAAAGCGUCCAUGAGGAAGUUGUUGAGUCAGAACAUAAUUUUCUGA